CAAGUCAAUAAAGAACAUCAUCAACCUCUCUCCCCUCAGCCCAGCAUCCGCAUAAUAAAUACUCGCUACUUUGCUUUUUGAAAAGUAUGCCGAAAACAAAAAAUAAAGGGCCCAAAUCUGGCAAAGUGGAAGCCUCCACGCCGCCGCCACCAGUUCCUCCAUCAUGGCCAGCUUUCAAGCCUUCUCUCCCGAUAGUUGACUUGGCUCCUGAACCCCAUCCAUUGACUUCCAAGGUUGUUCUUAUGCCUUCAUUUUUCCCGCGGUCGCUCUGCCGCGAUUAUGUCACCUUUCUAAAAACUCUUCCUCUACAAACAACGCCGGGUCGUCCCAAGCGGGGCGAAGCAGUUCGUGUCAACGAUCGCUUCCAGGUUGAUAGUUAUGACUUUGCUACUCGAUUAUGGGAGCAAACUGGCUUGAAAGAUGUCUUGCUAGACGGUGAUGUUAACGAGAAGUGGGGUGGUGAACCUGUUGGGCUGAAUCCUAACAUUCGCGUAUAUCGUUACUCGAAAGGCCAGUUUUUUGACUGUCAUUGUACGUUUAUAAGUCUCAUCUCCACAACUGUCCAUUCAGCGACCAUCGUAGCGACCUCGAUGGCAUAACGACGCAAUCCUCUUGCCUGUCCUUCCACAAUCGUUCCAUAGUUAGCACCCAUCCAUCUAUCUUAUGGCUCCCACUUCUCACUCGACAUACGCACCUUAGCUGACCAAGGUGUGUUCCACCCACCAGAUGACGACUCGAACAACCUGACGUUGCCCUCGAAUCCUCCACUAUCAGUGAGAACCACGUGGACCUUGUUGCUCUAUUUGACAUCCGCUUCUGAGGGCUGUGCUGGGGGUGAGACUGUAUUUUACCCAAGAGAUCGAAGGUCGACUCGAGAAGAGAUUGUGGUUCCUCUCGAAACUGGGACAUUGCUUUUGCACAAACACGGAGACGAUUGUCUACUGCACGAAGGACGAGAGGUUACUGCAGGUGAAAAAUGGGUUUUACGGACGGAUCUUUGCAUCAGACGAUGACUUCGAUUAUUGGCCUAAGUAACCUCGUAGUCCCAAGACUUUGGUUGGUUGUACUACUGAGUUUACUGUCUACCUUGCCCUUACUAGCUGGCUGGUCCGUUAUCGUCCUCACAGUUCCAACGGUCCAUUCUUCCACCUAUGGUCACGUAGCAUCCACCUGACUCAUGAGGUUGACCAAGCGAUCCAUGGCUUCUUCUUCUUCUUCGUCUUCCUUCAAUUCAUCACUGUAGAUCGAGUCUGUAUCGUCUUCAACGACACACUCACUCGGAACUUCAACUUCCAUGUCAUUCUCUGAUGAAAGAUCUGGAUGUUCGUCGCUGACCAUUCCAGAAUCGAUUCCAGUAGAAGAUGAUUGUCCUGAGCCAGGAAUAUCGCAAGGGAAGUCGUCAUCUCCCUCGGAGACCGCAUCAUCUUCCACAGGGAAAAUAGCCAAUGGCUGUCCUCGAUGAAGGACUGUGCCAUCCGGAAGGUGAGAAUGGACUUCACACGCCAGCUCAGAUACCCCAGGGACCUCUUGUUUUGCAGGUGUGGCAUCAUUCUUCACUGUUGGCUCAAGGUGCUCGCCAACCCCUGGCAUUUCUCCUUGACGAGGUCCCGCGGCAAGUGGAGAUCUCAGUUCAAGGUUACUGGAGUUUGCGAUACGGCACAUCUCCUUAUGGAAGAUCCAGGGGAAACUAAUCAGAGGCAUUGACUUUGGUUCUAGCUUGCGCGGUUGCAAGAUGGUUCCCGCGUCGUUGAUGACUCCUCGGUGGUGCUCGUAUAGUGCAAUCUUCAUUUCCUCGUCGGUUACCUUGUACAUGGCUGCGACAAAGGGUUCGAGUUUCUCUGCACUUUUAGAACCUGCAGUAUCGAUGCAAAGCUUUCGAAACGCUGCCUUGAGAUGAUUGUACUCGCGACGAAGCUCCUCCUGAACUUUGUAGUCUGAACCAACAGCAGGUCUCGACAUGGCAAAGCCUGUCCAAAGUUCAAAUUCAGUCUUGAGUGCAUGUUGGCUCAGUAGUCGGCGCACAGAUGUAUCGUAUUGUGUCUUUAUAUUUCUUGCAGAUUUGAGUAUGUCUCGGUCGAGUUCAAACUUGUUGAUAAUCCGUUGGUCAAACGGACUGUCCCAGAUAGGGUCAAACUUGACUUGCUUGCCUUUCACCUUGUCAAAUAUGACACCAAGAGCUUUCCUGGAGGUGUAGCUGUUCUUCUUCUCCAUAAAAUGGGGCCACUUCCGAGGUUGUUGAUCUCGUUUCAAUACCGCCGGGUCGCCUGUCUUCGGAUAGUCCACCGCUUUGGAGUGCAGCUCUGCAAGUUCAAGACCUUGAAACAGGGUUAGCAUAAGAUUUUGAUAUGUGAGCACUACCGCGACUUACAUUUUGGUGACAUUGGGCCAAGUUCGUCUGAAAAUGCUAGAUGAGAUGUUGCAAUGAGCGGCAGUUUAUCGUUCUUUAGGUACUUGACGAAGAAGUUCCUGAGAUCGUCGACUGUGACAUCACGAUUGAGCUCAAUGGGUUUGGGUGCCGAGUAGUUCAUGGGCGGAUAAUUCCACUUUUUAGGAAUCAAAGUCGGCUCCCAUAUUACAAAGAAAUCAUCACCGUCAAGGUCACCACCAGAAAGCAUGUUAGGAACGGGCUGAUCGCCAGUGGAGGGAAAUACAACGACAUCCCUCAGAUGAUGCAGGGCUGGACAGUCCACCGCUUCAACAACUCGAAUGUCUCCCGGGUGCAGCGAAGGGUUGCGUCCAAUUAUGCAUACGCCGCUGAUGACCUGAGUCUUGUUAUAGUGCGUUGCGUCGCUCAGCUGAAUGAAGAUUUGCGGAAGUCUAUCGAUAUCUUUAUCUUCGGAGCCUUCGGUUUCGGAUGAGUGACCUCUGAGAGUACCAGUUUCAUCGACGCAGCCAAGGACGAAGGCACUUUUCUGCACCUGAAUCCUUGCUUUCUCCUUGAGUAGCUUCAAGGACCAAGACCUCCAAAGUUUAAGUACGUUAACAACGAAUGGUUCCUGCAGACAAUCUGUUCUGAAGCCAGCCCUGAGCAGGUCAGAGAUAUUGUUCUCGUCAACAAAUUUGGUCAACAUGUCUAUAGCAACAUCGUUGUCCUCCAUGGCCAGCUCAUACGACCGUAACUGGUGUUCAAGUAGCUUAGUGAAGGAAGCGAUGGGGACCCCAAGACAUUCAAGAAUGGUGAUUGUUUGUCUGUUGAGGGUUGCUGUCGCCAUUGCUGCGCUGCGGAUAAUUUCGAGACCUUUGGAAUCUGACUCGAACUUCUUCUGGGAUUCGCGAAUAUGUACUUCCAUGACUUUAGUGUCGUUGGGCCAAAUGGCGAGAACCCCUUUACAGCCACCCAUGCGAAACUGGAAGGCGGAGGGUUGCGCAAUAACAUCAAGAAUCAUGUCUUCGCUGAUAAGCUGCGCUAGGAACGAAGAUAUCUUGCCGAUGCCGUCGGUGAAGCAGUAGCCGUUCCUCUCAAUGUCAGGUAUCUGUCGGGUCGCCGGCGCCGAAAUUGCAUGAAGCUCUCGUGUGGUAGAGAAGCACUGACCUAGGCGAGCAGCAUACUUCGCCACAACCUUUAUAUGGCCAAACUGGCCCAUCCACCUGCGGAUAUCAUCGCAUGAUAGGUGCUCCGUGGGACAAAAGAAGUAAGCGCCGUUGACUCUGAGCUGCGAGUUGCCAAAGGCAAGGAAUUCGUAAAGACGAUCGCCGAUACGGACGCCUUUAUACAUUGAACGAAGCACCCUUUUAUAGAUCUCAUCAUUUUGGUCCUUGUUUACCGCAAUCUUCCCCUUUUCUAUCUCUUCGGUGAACUGGAUUUUGAGGAAGCGAUCCUCAUAAUGCUUGUAGCGACGCAUGACGCGGUUGGACAUCUCCACCGCAGGUGUUGUAUAGCGAAUGGUUGUUGGCGUGAUGACUGCUUUACGGAUGAGACAACAGUGAGAAGGAGUUCUUGACAUGAUUAUGGAGCCAUCAAGCUGAGACUCCUCCAAAAUAGCCAUUGGGUCGACGACAACUUGAGCGCUAUCAGCCACGGUUUCGAGACAAAGCCUGGCUUUGGCUGGCUUCAUGUUCGCAAGUCUCUCCAAGAACUCCCUCCCUAUCAUGUGUUCGUUUAGAUAGCCGCGUGAAAGACAAACUUCAAGCUGGUAUCUAAUAUCGAAAGGUAGAUGGACAACCGAAUGCGGGGAGUACUGAAGCAUCUGAAGUGCGUUGUGCCCUUCGGUCGGAGCCUGGUGGUCUAUAUAUUCCCACAUCUUUGCUUUUGUUCCAUGCGCAGUUUUGAAAUCAUCUUGAACUUUGGUGGAGAUGUUGAAGUCGUCCAGGAUGGUCACUAAUUGCUGAUUGACCUGGCUUGCUAUUUCAGUCCCCCCAUCCAAAACGAAGCCAAGGGUGGUCCAUCGGCCAAUAUCAACAAAUUCGGGAUCUUUGAAAUCGUUAUGGAGAGCGACCGGGUGCAUCAUGGGAAGGCCAGCAUGCUGGACAAUGUUUGUCGCACGGUUCCAGCUCUCCAUCACACUCCAAUUCUUGGCUUCGUCGGAAAAGGUCGAAUGGAUAUUAGGUGCCUUCCAAUAGUACUGAGGUGGUGUCUUGAGAGGAACAACAAGAGUACAGCAAUUAUCAACGGCCGCUGUUUGGUAAACAUUCUUCAUACUCGCAAAGUCAAUAACAACUUUGUGUUGUCUUUCAGUUCUGUUCCCUCCCACAACACUUGGUAUGGAGAAGAAUGCAGUCAGUUUCUGGUAUUUCGGGCUGAGCUCGAGUUUAAGACUUCGUCCAUUGGCCAUCCCAGGGAUAGACUUCAUGAUCUUCAUUGAGUUCUCCCCUAUCAGGCUCCCGAAAUGUAUGGCCGCAGGAUAGAGUGUCAGUUUUACAGGGCAAGUCCGGUCAGGAUGUACUGGGCUUUUGAGAAAACCUGGAGGUGCGUGAUUGGAAAGCUUGACGGAAAUUUCAAACUCUCUGGGAUGUUGUUUUCUAUCGGAAUGGCGAACAAUAUAACCGCCCGAGUGCCAAAAGUUUCGCUCUGGCGGUGGCUCGAACCUGAUUUUGGCGUCACUGAUGUUCGGGUUUCUUUGCGUCUCAUAGAUAUCCAUGUAUGCGAUUUCUCCCUCAUGAGAGAACCAGUCCCAGAGAUUUGAAGUGGUGACUGAAGCUGGCAAUCCCUCCAGAUUUAUCGUGAGUUCAGGCCAUGCUUUCCAUUGUUCGUGGAGCUGAGGAGCAAGGCCAUCAACGUUGACUGCAUGGUUUCGUCGAACCUUCGGUCUGCCUGGCCUGCAUCUCUUCGAUCUUCGCUGGUGCUUGGGGCUUGGUUGGAACCCUUUCGAGAGUCCGUCGGGGGGGCGUUUGGAGCUCAUGUUCAAUUUCUAUCCAUGUAAUCUGGAGAGGUUGUUAGUAAAGGUGGCUUCCUCGACGACGAGCCUAAGUAGUAGUGAUGUCUUUGGGAGAAUUUAACUUUGUCAAUUGAAGGAUGCCCCAGGAAUAACAAGAGUUUCUUGGAUCGAGGAAGAUGAAAUUUUGCACUUGGCGUGGUGAUAUGCGAUGAAAAG